UGAGCCUAAACGAUUGGAUCCUUAGUCAUUCUUCUAUUCAAAAUAUCUACUUUCGUUUACGAUGAGUUCAUUGACUAUUUCAGCCUCAUUGUGAUGGCUUUUCUUUUUCCUCAAAUCAACAGAAGAUCCUUCAACGCGUACAAGUAUAAGCAACUUCUGAUUGAUUGGUUAAUGAUAAAUCACUAAAAAAUACCUAUAAAGACAUGACGAGAAUGAGAGAACUGCAAGUGUUUGGUUUUUAAUUCGCAAGUUAAAAAGAAGAAAAAUGGCAAGAGAAUCAUCAUUGACGUUAAUAGGAUUCUGGGGUAGUCCUUUUGUUCUCAGGAUCAAGUGGGCUCUUGAACUAAAAGGGAUUCAGUACCAAUAUGUGGAAGAAGAUCUCAGCAACAAGAGUGCUAUGCUCCUGCAGUAUAACCCAGUCUACAAGAAGGUACCGGUUCUUGUGCAUGAUGGUAAGCCCCUCGCAGAAUCACUGGUGAUUCUUGAGUAUAUUGAUGAGACCUGGAAGCAAGAUCCCUCCCUUCCACAUGAUCCCUAUGAAAAGGCCAAGGCACGAUUCUGGUCCAAAUUCGUUUGAUGAAAAGCUGUUAUGGCCACCUUUUCCAAAGGAGGGGAGGAACAACAGAAGGCAGCACAAGAAGCUAGAGAGAAUCUGAAGACCCUUGAAGGAGGAUUAGAGGGGAAGCGCUACUUUGGAGGUGAAAAAAUAGGCUUCGCUGAUAUUGCUAUUGCCUGGCUUGGAUACUGGGUACGAAUAGUGGAGGAAAUUGUGGGUAUAAACCUCAUUGAUAAAGAGUUGAUGGCUAAGCUUGAUGCUUGGUUCGAUGAUUUUCUUGAGCUUCCUGUUAUCAAAGAAUGCAUGCCACCUUGUGAUAAAUUGCUUAAACACAACAAGGCCUUCCACAAGCUCUUGACAUCUUCAUCCACUUGAAAGGCUUUGCCCCAUCCAUAUCAUGAAAUAUGUGAUGCUUAGUUAAUGUUUGAUAUGCUUGUAUGAUAUAUCAAUAAAAGUAUUGCCAUAAAUAGACACGUACCUGAGCUCAUGGCCAACCUAUCAUGCUGUAAUGUAAAUGCUGAAAACUACAAGGAAAUUAUCGUUUCUUGUAAUAUUGAAGGGAAGACAUUUACUCGCCUGUAAGAGUAGUUUGAAAGAUUGCCAUUGACCAUCUUAAUAUAUUCACACGACCAUGUUAUAUGAUGCUCUCUUUAUGUUUAAAUCAAUGAAACAUGUUGAAAUGA